GAUACUGGCAUACUCCAUUUAUCACGUAUUCCUCUGGCAUCAUCGUUCCUCAGAGUUUUGAUAUUUCCUUGUGUCUUGAACACACCAACAGUCUCAAUCCUCCUCACACAGUGGCUGGUGUAUGCACAUGCAAUUAUCUCACCGAUCGUGACCCUGCACGCCCAAGCGUUGUGUAUAGCUCCGAGAUGCAAAGUCUAGCAUUUCCGCCUGGCUUCUAUGGCCCGUGGAUGCUUACAAUAGCGAGUGCUAUCUUCUGUCCACGAACUGUCUCUUGAGCUAUUUACGGUCGUGACAUCAUCAUCUACACAGUAUGGCUCGACGAGGUCCAGCGUCCGCUUUCGAAAGCGAGACCUUUGGAAAGGAUGCUUCAUUUAGGCUGGAACAGCCCGUCGGGUCCAUGACCAUUUCUCCCAGUGGUCGAGACGUUGCGUUGGCGUCCAAAGAGGGCUUGCACAUCAUCGACCUUGACUCGCCCUAUUCGGUGCCACGGUAUCUGCCUCACAGAACUCCCUGGGAAGUGGCUGAUGUCCAAUGGUCUCCCUUUGCCGCCCGCGACUAUUGGGUUGUCAGCACGUCCAACCAAAAGGCCUUAGUCUGGAAUCUCGAAGCGCGAUCGUGGCAGGAUAACAUCGAAUUCGUCCUUCACGGCCAUACCAGAGCCAUCACGGACAUCAACUUCUCGGCGCACAAUCCAGAUGUCCUCGCCACAUGCGCCGUAGACAGUUUUGUGCAUUGUUGGGAUCUGAGAGCUCCACUGCGCCCGGCCAAUUCCUUUUCAGAUUGGUUCGCCGGUGCAACUCAAGUGAAAUGGAGUCGUCAGGACGAACACGUCGUCGCCAGUUCUCAUGAUAAAUUCCUCCACAUCUGGGACGUCAGACAUGGCGCGUACCCAGUAAGGACCAUUCAAGCACACGGUACCAAGAUUUAUGGAGUCGACUGGAACCGUCAUCAACAGAACAAGAUUGUGACCUGUUCACUUGAUAGGACGAUCAAGUUUUGGGAUCUGGACACGGAAGAUAAUACACCUGAGCGCGUCAUUGAAACACCUUUCCCUGUUUGGAGAGCCCGUCACACCCCGUUUGGAUGGGGACUUUUGGCCAUGCCACAACGCGGAAAUAGUGACUUGCAUCUGUAUGACCGGCGAGCGGUCAAUGGAGCCUGGGAAAGCGGACGGGUUCGGCCAGUUGCCACUUUUCCCGGCCACGAAGGCCAAGUCAAAGAGUUUCUCUGGCGAGCCCGAGGCAGCGUAGACCAAGGUGUCGACGACCGAGAUUUCCAACUAGUCUCCUGGGGCACUGAUCGAGAGCUGAGACUACAUGCUCUUGACCCGGAGAUUUAUGCGGAUAUCGGCUACGAAAAGGGCAAAUCUCGAGUACAGAGGCUCAACUUCACGAGAAGAGGCGCCGUUUAUCGAACAUUCCGGGAUGAACCAGGAGAUGCAGAGUCACCAAUUGAGCAGACGCCGCGAAGUGAGAUGUUUCCCCGCCACAGUCACAUCAUGCAUUUCCGACCUCGGAGCAGCACCAGUGUCGGCAUGAAUAAGAUGCCUGUGUCGCAAUUUCGAGGCUGGGUACAAGGCGGUCGCCAAACACAGAGAUCAGGCAUGCAGGGGCGAGGGAAUAAUCGCCAAAGCGCAGACCCGAUCGCGUGGCUGAAGAAUGUGAAGAUCUCUACCUGGGAUCCAGAUACUCUGGCAGAAGAGAUCCGUCAUGUCGGAGAGAAAUUUAAAAAGGUGGAUUUUGAAGUUGUUGACAUCUCCCAUCGCAAAGCCGUCAUGUCUUUACAAGCUCCAUGGGGCGAAGAUCAGAGUCAAGUGUUCCUCAGGGUUGAGAUGCGCUUUCCCAAACUGUACCCUCGCAAUGCCAAUGCAGUGCUUUCGCUACAAAAGUCUGGGUUUCUGGACGAUGCGACACACCGAUUGAUCAGCACGGAGCUGCGCACUAUUGCAGAGACGUAUGCUUCCAGGAAACGAGGCUGUCUUGAGGCGGUUCUGAGAUAUCUCUUGCGCGAGCAGAACCUAGAGCAAAUUGUUGCUUGGGUACUCGAUGAGUCUCUGACAGACUCAAAGAUCCUAGAAGAGAACGACAUUGCUGCCGAUGAAUCUAGCAGUGACGACGACGAUCCUUUGAUCGACGGUGCUAGAGAAAGACUGGAGGCAUCCGCGAAUAUCAUGGUGCCACUCGCAAAAGGAUGCGGUGCUGUGUGGUCGGAAACUGGCAAACUAGUUUGUUUUUUCCCGACCAAAUCAAAAGAGCCUGUCUCUUUCUUGAGCACCCUUGGGAUGACUGGUCUCGAAGAGUCAGCGUCAAACAGGCUGUUCGAAGGUUUCGGGCGUCUUCACACUAGCUCGCCUGCUCGCAAAGCCACCAGUGGCAACCGAACCGCUGAGGAUGGUUCCGAUUCUGACACCUCGGAUUCCUCUUGGAAAUCCUCCAGCAGCUCCUCUUCAUCCUUUGAUACGGAACAAAAUGUCCGCGGCGUGCCCUCCUACCCUGUAGGUGUCCCCGGAAAGCAGCAACGUUCACGCUCCCCUGAUCAUUCGAACCUCUCGACAACGGGAGCAAAUAAGUUGCACGAAGGACCCCGAACGACAACUGUAUCGAUCCAUAGCUUCGAUACCUUGAUACCUUCCAAACAACAGCUGGCGGAAGCAUACACCAUAAUCGGCGACCCUAAGCAAGUUUGCACUAAUAAUGCCAGUGUGGCCCGCGAUGCCUCUUUUGACGACUUGGCUUCAGUCUGGACGUUGCUUGGUCUUAUACUCGAUGAUUCUAUUCCCCUGGAGAUCAUCCAUGGACUUGGUCAUCCGGCAGCUGAAGAUGUCACCGUCAUAGCUCGGGCUGCCACAAAGACUCGGAAUUCCAAGAGUGACAACCAUCAAUCAGAUGCUAAGCUCCUUGGAAGAACGCGAUGGGGAAACCAUCCCCUAAGUUUAACGUACCUUCUGCCUGCCAUAUUCGACCAUUAUGAGAGACUAGGAGAUGUCCAGAUGCUCGCCAUGAUGUCUUGUGUAUUUGCGGCUGAUUCGAACAACGACUUGCUCUGUGGGCCAGAGCCUGGCUCGAAGCCCCAUAUUGAUAUACCGCUCACGGAAUAUUUUCCUUCACGAGUCGUAGCCAAAGCCUCACUGGAUGAAGUCGACCCUGAGGCGGAUUCUUUGGUUCACGCCAUCAACGUGAGCACAGCCGCGUUGGCAGUGCAACGCAGAAUGAGGACGCGCCCUGACUUUUCUCGCCACGGCAGCGAACUGUCGACUCGUGCGCACAGUCUCAUCGAUGACGCGAGUGAUCGGGCUCCAAAUUCUACGACAAUAUCUCUGUCAGCAUCGCCAGAAGGCAAUAGGCCUAAUCAUCGGGCAAGUUCAAGCACUGCGUAUUCCACGGCUCGAGCAAGCCUAUCAGCAUUGACUCAGUCUUAUUCGCACUCUCCACCUGGUCAAAGUUCUGCUUCCGCAAUUGCUUCGGGCCUCAAGAAAUACAGCCCUUCAGGAUCGCUGACGCCGGGGUGGGUAUCGACAAACCUAUUUGGGCACCAUGGUGGCAGCAGAUCUUCCCGUAUGUCUCUUCAGGGGAGUGACCAUGCCAGCCAAGACAGCCAGCAGACAAACUUGCGGUCCUCACAGUCAUCAGUGCACCUGCGACAGUCUCAGAGAAGCAAUGGCAGAAAUUCAAUGCCAAGUCGUCGUAGCCUUCAAUCUUUGGCUACAACCGAGGUGACGGAGCACCCACAGCGGAAGAAACCACCGAGGCGCAAGAGGAUCAAAGUCAGCUUGUGGCAGCAGAAGCAGUUUGAUCUUGAUGGUUAUUCUCAAGCACCGUUAUUGGACUCUUCCCUAAGCGAGAAAUUCAGUGCAUACCGGACAUCUUAUGCACAUCUACUUGAUGUUUGGCAACUCUUCACGCAACGUGCUGAGAUCUUGAAACUCGACGACCUGUCACCAGAUACCGACGGUAUUCUCUACGGAGCAUCGACGGCCAAACAACAUGGCAAUGGCCGCUUGUUGGAACGGCCGAGGAGACGGUUCAUGACUUCUCUGUCUCGAGAGGCAAGUCCAGGCCUGGAAAUCCAACGAUGCUGUCGCAAUUGUGGAGAGCCAUUAGGCUCAAUUGAGAAGAACGGCGUCCCGAUCGGUUGGCAAUGUGUCAAUCAGAAAUGCCGAAGUUCGGCUACAGGUACAUCAGCAACGUUGAAACCCCCAGGCAGAAGUGCUUGUUCGAUCUGCAAUGCUUCCAUCAAGGGACUCGCGGUACCGUGCAUACAAUGUGGCCAUAUGACGUGUUAUGACUGUGCGCAAGGGUGGUUCGGCUCUGAGCAAAUGAGCAAAGCCAGAUCGAGGAGGCCUUCACAAGAGCAGGAAGACGAAGAGGAAAUGGACACAGAAAGCACCACCAGUCAUGAUAACGAUCACAAUACAUGCCCAACGGGCUGCGCGUGUCCCUGCUCGGUGUUGACCGUAGUUGAUGUCCCAUACCCUCCAGGGUACGGAGAGAGACAAAAACCUGUUCAACCCCCAAUGAGCCGCCAGGACAGCCGCAAUCUGAUUGGAUUGCAGAGAUCACCCAGCACUUUGACCAAUACCGAUUAUAGUUCCGACAACACUCUCGCAUCUUUCCUUGCGUCAACGCAGGUCCACCAACGAACAAAAUCAGUGACCGCCGCACGCAGCAAGGCACCAUCUGUUUCCGUGCAGCAAUCCCACGAAGCACAUGGUCAGCACAGUCAGUCAGGUGGAGUUACCAAUGACGGCGAAGAUUUUGUUGAUCUUGGUGACUUUGACCAGGGGCUUAGUGAAGAAGACGUCCGCCUCAACCCCUGGGCAGGGAGUAAGGUCGCGACCUUGGGGAGAGGUAUAGGAGGUGGACUCAGUCGUGGGCUGAGUUCCAAGGGAAGUGAUGCUACCAUCAGAAGAAUUACAUGAAGACCAUGAUAAUGGUUGAAUGUGAAUC